AUCACAGAGGAUCCACUGGCAGAUAUACUAGCUCUUUCAGCUCAUCUGCCAGACUUCACUCUGACAGGACACUAUACCCAAGAGAAUUAUGAUGUUAUAAAUGAAAACCAUUCAGAGGAUUUCUUAUGGCCAGAAGAGCAGAAGCUCAUGCACUAUUUUAUGAUGUUGCAGAAAGCUGUAUUUGCAUGA